GGUGUGACGUCAUCCAAAUGUAAAUUCGGAUGCAGUAGCGCACGUAACUCAUGCUUGAGAGCGUGCCUGUUGCCAUCGUGCAGCAGGUGAAGCUGCAAAGACAUUCCAGGCGGAUAUGAGCAGCAGCAUCGGGACCAAAGAGUCGCCCCCUCCCCAGCCAGGCGGCCCCCAACUGCCCGCUGAGGAGCCUCAGCAGCGCAGGGGCCGCGGUCGUCCACGUAAACAACAGCAGGAACCUGUCGGACCGCCCACGGCAAAGCGACCGAGAGGACGACCGAAGGGCAGCAAGAACAAAGGGACAAAAAGCGGACUUAAGAAAGGGGAGCCGGCUGGACAAAGACGGCCUCGUGGGAGACCAAGAAAAUGGCUGCAGAAGUUGGUUGAAAACGCCAGUGAAGAGCAGGAGGUGAUGUCAGAAGAAGGCGAGACAGGAGGACCCGCUCAGUCUGAGCCGUCAUGUGCGCCUGAAGGCUGCUAGUGAAGAAGCAUGAGCAGUACCUUCUGUACCUCAAGGAAACCAACCAAAAAAGAGCAGAAACGAAACAACAUCAUCUGGUACAAUCCGCCAUUCAGCAAAGACGUCUCAACCAACAUCAGCCGCAAGUUCCUCACUCUGAUCGACAAACACUUCCCCAAAGGCAACACCCUAAGAAAAAUAUUCAACAAGAACAACAUUAAAUUGAGCUACAGCUGUAUGAAUAACAUGCAACAAAUCAUUUCAAACCACAACAAAGCAAUUGCAAAAGGACUCCCUACCCCCAGACUAAACGACUCUGAAACCAAUAAUGAAUGUAACUGUCGCAAGAAACCUGAUUGCCCUCUCAACGGAAGGUGCUUACAGACAUCAGUCGUUUACCAAGCAAAGGUAAUACGCAAGGACAUUAACACAUCCGACACGUACGUAGGAUUAACCGAAGGAGCGUUCAAAACAAGAUGGAAUAAUCACAACGCCUCCUUUAGAAACCAGACUUUGCAGAAUUCUACAGAACUCAGCAAACACAUUUGGAACCUCAAAGACAAUAAUGUUGAAUAUUCAAUAACAUGGCAAAUUCUUGCAUCCAGCACACCUUACAACAGUGGUAAUAAAAGAUGCAACCUAUGCUUGAAAGAGAAACUGUUUAUUAUAUAUCAUCCAGAUCUAUCAUCUCUCAACAAGCGCAGUGAAAUCAUUUCAACAUGCCGCCAUAGACGGAAACACCUCCUAGGUAACACAUGAGCCAAUCACCACACCCUACGCCUGCUUGU